AUGGGGAUAUCUGGAACGUGGAGAAGUAAUUCAGUCCCCAGUCCCAGCCUCACUCACCGGCCCACUCGUGGGACCCUGUCCCCUUCCUGGGGCGGCGAGACCCCCGACUCCUGGCGCGCUCUGCGCCCGGCGCUGGGAGGCGUGCGUGUCGCUUUAAAAGCUCCCUCCCGGCGCGGGGCCGGCCCCUUCCCCGGCAGCGCCGAGCGAGCCAAGCCGCGAGCCCGGGCCUCGCAGGGAGCAGCGCGGCGCGGGCACCGGUGCGGGGGGCGCGGGGGUGCGGGGCGCGGCCAGGUGCGCGGAGCCGGGGCGGGGCGGGGCGGGGCUCGGCUCGGCCCGGCCCGGGGAGGCCCAGACAGACCCCGGGCUGCAAGCGGGGAGCCCGGCUCGGCCCGACCCGGCCCGGCCCGGCCCGCGCCGCCUCCCAUCGCCUCCCCAGCCUCCUUUCCUCUCCGAGCCUCUCUUCUCUGCCCGCAUCCGGGCCGCCGAACCCAGCUGGGCCGGGCCCGCGGAUCGGGGUCCCCGCGGCCCACACCGCCCUCCCCAGGGAGCCACAGACCCCGCACCCUCCUGAUCCCGCUGAGCCUCCCAGGUGCCCGGGGGUGUAGAUCUCGGGGUCUCGGGAUCGCGGUGGUGCCAGUCGUGCAGGGCAGAGCCCGGGCUCCGCCACCCCGCACCGGACUGAACCGGACCGGACCGAGCGAGCCCCGGGCCAAGCCUGGGGACCCCGCGCCUUCUCGGCCCCGUGACUCCAGCUCCCGCGCUGGGACCUGCCCGGCGUCACCUCGACCGCCCUGCGCCCGAGUCACCUGUGGCCUCGGAGCCCCAAGCCCUCCGGACCCGGAGCCUGGAGGGGAUCGCAGGGGAUUUUUGUAG